AUGAAGCGCGCCCGCUGGCAUCUGCUGCCGCUCCUACUUGUUGCGUUCCUCUGCUUCCUCGCCACAAGCACCGCACAAGAAGCACAACAGCAACAUGUCGUCGACCAGCAGCCCCUCCAAGACAACCCACGGGCGGCGCACUCGACACGCUGGGAGGGAUCCACGACCGCGGACAGAAAGAAAGAUGAGGGUAGUGAAGAGAUCGCGGAGAAGGUCAGGGAGGCUACAAGCAUCCUGCGCAAGGUCAAGCCGCCAACGGUAUCGAAGCUCGUGCGGUACACUCGUCGACCCAAGGGCUUCUUGGGAUCAGCGCUCUACUAUUCCAAGGAGGCCUUCUUCCUGCUGUUCAUGAACGCGCCAAAGCAGGCCAACCUCCUCACAACAUCGACUGAGCAGGCAACGCCCAAGCUUGCCCAACCGCUGUCAAAAGCCGUCAAGAUGCUGGAGGAGGCAGCGGAGCAGGACGAUCCAAACGCCAUCUUCCUACUGGCAGAGAUGAACUUUUACGGCAACUUCUCGCACCCGCAGAACUACGAGGAGGCGUUCAGGAGGUACAAGCAAUUGGCGGACCUGGAUGGCAACAGCACGGCACAGUACAUGCUUGGGUUCAUGUACGCCACUGGCUUGAACCCAGCGGUACCGGUGGACAUGGCAAAGAGCAUGCUCUACCACACUUUUGCUGCGGAGCAAGGUAAUACUCGUUCCGAGAUGACGCUUGCAUACAGGUACCAUGCCGGCAUUGCCACACCUAGGAACUGCGACGAGGCGGCGUACUGGUACAAGAGGGUUGCGGACAAAGCGGUUGACUUCUAUCGAUCUGGGCCGCCAGGUGGCCAUGUUCUGGUGCGAGAUGCUUACAGACUUGUCGACGAAGAUGGAGGAGUGUAUGGCGAGGGCGCAAGUGUGAGCUCGGCUGGUGUGCACGCAAAACAGGGCGGGCCAACGAGCGAUGCCUACGCCAGUAUCGAGGACGUUCUUGAGUACUGGUAUAUGCAGUCAUCGAAAGGUGACCUCAAGGCGACAUUUGCACUGGCGCGGCUGCACUACGAUGGCUCGAGGGGCUUGAAGCGGGAUUUGAAGCUUGCGAAGAAGUACUUUAAGUCGCUUGCACGCCUAUACUGGGCUGAGAAUGGCAAAGUCCUAAAAGACGUUCCACUAAGCACGGAGAAGCUCGCCACCAAGGCAGCCGGCUACCUGGGCAGAAUGUUCUUGCGAGGAGAAGGUAUGGAGCAAAGCUUCAGCAAGGCUCGCAUCUGGUUCACUCGCGCUCUCAGCAACGGCGAUGCUCUGUCCCAGUACAGUCUUGGUAUUAUGCAUCUGCACGGCCUCGGCGUACCUCAGGACGUGGCGAAGGCUGCCGAAUUUCUUUCGGCGGCGGCGGAUCAGGAUCUUGCAGUCGCUCAAACGAAUCUUGGCAUACUCUUCCUCGAUCAGGGCGACACACGGAUUGCAACACAGUAUUUUGAGCACGCGGCUCGCAACAGCCAUAUCGAGGCCUACUACUACCUUGCCGAGAUGAACAACAAAGCCAUUGGUCGCGACCGGUCCUGCCCCAUCGCUGCGCUGUACUACAAGAUCGUUGCUGAAAAAGCCGAACCCACAUGGGGCUCACUGAACGAGGCCAACGAAGCUUUUGAGGAGGGCGACAAUCAGAAGGCCAUCCUCCGGUACCUCAUGGCGGCCGAGCAGGGAUCUGAGAAUGCUCAAGCCAACGUCGCAUGGCUGCUCGACCACUCCAAGCCACGCUGGUCGCCUAUCGCCUGGCUCACAUCGCUCCAGCAGAGCGCCAAGUCCGUUGUGGGUGACGCUGCCGUUGCCCUACUCUACUGGACCCGCUCAGCGAAGCAGAGCAACAUCGACAGCCUAGUCAAAAUGGGCGACUACUACCUCCAAGGCCUCGGCACCGCCAUCUCACCCGAAAACGCAGCCGCAUGUUAUCAAGCCGCAGUCGAGAGCAUGCAGUCAGCACAAGCAAUGUGGAACCUCGGCUGGAUGCACGAGAAUGGCGUCGGCAUCGAACAGGACUUCCACCUCGCGAAGCGCUACUAUGACCACGCCCUCGAAACGAACAAGGAAGCCUACCUGCCCGUCCAACUCAGCCUCUGGAAACUCCGCUGGCGCAGCUGGUGGAACGGCAUCACGCACGGCGGCAUCAAGGGCAUCGACGAAGACGAGCCGGUGAAGAAACGGCGCAGUUUCGCCGAAUGGUUGCAAGAUUUCCUCGAAGCGGAUGCAGCCUACUACCAACAAGAAUACCCGGAAGCCGAUGAUUGGGACGUGCACAAUGAUCCCAUGCCUGGUGGGGACGAAUACUGGGACGAGGACAUCGACGACAGUGUGCUCGAUGCGCUGCUGAUAGGUGGUUGUGUCGCGGCGCUGGCGUGGUUGGUGUAUUAUCGGCAGCAACAGCAGAGGGCGGCGGAGCAGAGGCGAAGGCAGGGGGUGGAAGGGGAGCAAGGCGCGCAGGGCCAGGUGCAGGGGCAGGACCAGCAGCAGCAACAACCGCCUGCGCCGGGGCAGCAGGCAGAUGGUGGAUUCUUUCCGCAGCCUGGGGAUCCGGAGUGGAAUCCUUGGGUUGCGGGUGGUGUUGGGCAUUAG